CCGCCGUAGCCUAAAUCGGAGUUCCUGUUUCUACAUUGUAUCAUCGUACUGCAAGCCGCAUCGUGAUUUCCGCUGUUCGUGGAAAACGCCUUGUGUAGAGGAAAUCUGUCUUGCACUUACCACGAUGGAGACGGAAAAUAAUAUUCAUUUGAAACGCUGUACUGGCGUGUGAACAUUGGUUUAUAUUCAUGUAUUCUUCCUGAGCUUAGGCAGCCUGAAAUACUGGACUUGAACUUGAAACGCCGCUCACCUGAACUUCCGUUGUUAUAGUGGUGAGGAAAAAAAACGCCAGGCGCUCAGGUGCUACUAUAGCCUGUACAACCGAGAAGGGGAGGACUGUCGAAAAACUGCAGGAACCCACGUUUACGCUCUAUUUUCAGUUAUUUCCAGUGGUGACUUCCUCGGCAGACUUUCUUAUACAUUUCACAAAGGUUAAGCUGGUAUGGAGAGUUUGAAGGUGUUUCAUGAGCGAGUUGAUCGCAUCACCUCUGAACCAGUGGAAGACACAGAUCCCAGCAGCCUUUUACCAGAAAAGUCGCUAAUGUCCAAUUAUCCAGUUCAAGUCACAGAACCCCAAGCCCCAGAGACUCUGCCGUUCACCAGUGUACCAGCCAGCUACAUGAUGCCUUCCUCUGAGAGGAUAAGACAGCCAGUUGACGAGAGCAAUAACAUCUACACUGACCCGAUGUCAGCAGACUUCUUCAAAGGCCUGCAGUACUCAGACACGACCCCGCCGCCCAAGAUCAGGGACCUGAUGAACGACGCGGACCUGCUGUACGAGCUGCGUCUCAAGCUGGACCCCAACCACUGCACCAUCAAGAACUGGAAGAACUUCGCCAGCCGCUGGGGCAUGAGCUACGACGAGCUGGUGCUCCUGGAGCACCGGACACAGGGCUCCGCGCACAGCCCCACCCAGGAGUUCCUGCUGCGCUACAACGAGAAGAGCGUGACGGAGCUCACCGAACUGUGCCAGCACUACCAGCGCAUCGACGUGCUGCGCGUGCUUCAGCGCUGGGUGGAGAAGGACUGGCCGUCGCGCUGGCAGAAGGCCCACUAGCCCCGCGGGCGGCUGUU